GGGGGGUCUGUGGAAACAGAGGCGACGAGGCCGGCUCCCGAUUGGUCGGGGAGUGCGGCUCUUGACCUCGGAAGCAGUUGGCGUUGGCACUCGGAGUCUGAGGCGGUUGCGAGACGCUUGGGAGGCCGCUGCUUCUUCAGCCAGUGGCAGGAUGAGAGGCCGCAGGAAGCGCAAGUCCCAGGAUGGGGCUGGGGCGCAGGUUUUCCUGACACUGCUCUCUCCUGGUUCUCUUACCUGUCUGACCCCUCCUCAGUCUCCUUCGCUGAAUCUUCCUCUUCAUCUUCAUCCAGGCCACUCCCCUAACUCAUAAAAAAUCAAAAUACACGAAGAAAAAAGGAUCCACCCGGGCAGAUGUUUCUGAUGAUCUUCGACAAGAAGUGGAAAAUCUCUAUAAACUCUCAAUGCCUGAAGAUUUCUAUCACUUUUGGAAGUUUUGUGAAGAACUUGAUCCUGAAAAACCAGCUGAUGCACUGUCAACAAGCCUUGGACUCCAGCUUGUUGGUCCAUUUGAUAUCCUUUCUGGAAAACACAAAGUGGAAAACAAAUCAACAGACUUAAAUUUUAACCUUCACUGGAGAUUUUACUAUGAUCCUCCUGAGUUCCAGACCAUUAUUACUGGAGAUGACAAGACUCAGUAUCACAUGGGGUAUUUCAGAGACUCACCUGAUGAACUUCCCGUAUAUGUUGGUGUAAAUGAGGCAAAGAUAAAUUGUACAAUUGUUCAAAAUGGAGACAAUGUAUUUGCUGCAGUCAAAUUAUUUUUGGUGAAAAAAAUUCAGGCGGAAACUGAUAAAAAGAAAACUGAUCUUUUGAAGAGCAUAGAUGGAAAAUUAACAGAAGCAGCCAAAAAGCUGCGUUAUUCCUUGGAACCAAAAAGCAUGAGCAUGAAACAGAGAGAUAAAAAAGUAGUGACAAAGACUUUUCACAGUGCAGGCCUGGUCGUCCCCAUAGAUAAAAAUGAUGUUGGAUACAGAGACCUCCCUGAAACAGAUGCUAAUCUUAAGAUAAUUUGCAAAAUGAUUGUUGAGGCUUCAACCGAUGAACAGAGAAUGAAAGCAUUUGCCCCAAUUCAGGAAAUGGUGACUUUUGUUCAAUUUGCUAAUGAUGAAUGUGACUAUGGAAUGGGACUUGAGCUAGGAAUUGACCUUUUUUGCUAUGGCUCACAGUAUUUUCACAAAGUUAUUGGUCAGCUUCUACCUCUUGCCUAUAAGCUGUUGAAGAGGAAUUUGUUUGCAGAGAUCAUUGAAGCUCAUCUGGCCAACAGAAGCAAAGAAAAUGUAGAUCAACUUGCAACAUGAACAGGAAGUGGUAUAAAAGAAUGUUUUAAAAUGUUAAAUGUAGACCAACUUGCAGCAUGACUGGCAAAAAAGAUGGUACAAAGCAGUGUUUAAAAUGUUAAAUGUUUGAUAAUGUUUGGAGCACUAAACUAUUAAGUGGAGUUUGGGGUUUGGGGUGGGGUUUUUUGGUUUGUAUUUUUUGGAAAGAAAAUUUGAGUGUGAUUAAAUAAAGCUUAUAAAUUUCA